CCAAGCACAAGAAGCNNAUACGAGGACUCGAUCGCACCCGGCAUGAACUCAAGCCUCAUCGUAGAGUUCAGACACCGGGUCACAAAGCUUCGCAACGAUGUGCUACGUGGGCGAAGGCAUUACUUACUCUUGAACAUCGGAACCAUCAAGACAGAGCGGCANAGGGGAGCAGCAACGGCGCUCGUCAAACAAAUGAUAGAGGCCGCGGAUCGAGAAAAGGUCACGCAUAUCUACCUGGACACAGUAGCCGAGGGGCCCGCGAGACGGCUGUUCGACAAGCUGGGGUUCCAGGAAGUUGGCCGAUUCGAGAUUGAUCUCAGCAAGCAUGGUGGUGUAGGAAUAUCUACGCACGUCGGCAUGAUUAGAUGGGGCUGGGCAGUCGUGUAA